AUGUCAGCUAUGCGGAGAAGAAAGACAGGUAAGCCGAAAGCUGCCGAGUUCGUCUGUUCCGGUCUCAGCAGGCCGAUGUCAGCCGCUGCAAACCCAUCCAAGGACACCGAGACGGUAUCGCAAUCUUACGAGCUCUUCAUGAUGAUGGCACUCUGUCAAGAAUCAACCAUGGGACACACCGUAUAG